AUGGUUUACCUUCAGCAUUUUAUGUCCGGGGCACUGGCUUUCAACACCACCGAGCGUCUUACACAGCCCAUCAUGAAGCUGUUCACCUCCGCCCUUCUGCUCGGCUCGUUUGCCACCCAGACGAUCUUGGGCUAUCCGGGUGCUCAGAUGGUCAAGAGAGAUGUUGACUCCUUCGUUGCCACUCAGACUCCUAUCGCCCUUCAACAGUUGCUCUGCAAUAUCGGACCGAAUGGUUGCCAUGCACAGGGCGUGAGCUCCGGCAUUGUUAUUGCUUCUCCAGACAAGGUAGACCCUCCGUACUUUUACACCUGGACCAGAGACGCUGGUCUUGUUUUCAAGGCUGUUGUAGACAUAUUCACAAACAGCUACGAUUCGAACCUCCAGACCAACAUUCAGAACUACAUCGCCUCCCAGGCCCGUCUCCAGGGGGUUUCGAACCCUUCAGGGGGCCUUGGCGAUGGUCAGGGUCUUGGCGAGCCCAAAUUCGAGGUCGACUUGAGGCCGUACACCGGUGAUUGGGGACGGCCUCAAAGAGACGGCCCGGCGUUGCGGGCGAUCGCCAUCAUUGGUUACGCCAAAUGGCUGGUGGCCAACGGCUACUCCUCCACGGCUUCAUCUGUUUUAUGGCCCGUAAUCCGCAACGACUUGAACUACGUAGCCCAGUACUGGAACCAGACCGGCUUCGAUCUCUGGGAAGAGGUCCGGGGAAGCUCGUUCUUCACUGUCGCUAGCCAGCACCGUGCACUUGUGGAGGGCAGUGCACUAGCUCGCUCGUUGGGCCAGUCUUGCAAUGCUUGCGAUGCGGUUGCACCCCAGGUUCUCUGCUUCUUGGGCAGAUUUUGGGACCCCGCCGGUAACUUCAUGGUCGCCAAUAUCAACGGAAACGGAAGAUCUGGCCGUGAUGCCAACGUCAUUCUUGCCUCAAUUCACAAUUUCGAUGCGGCCGCGGCUUGUGACACAGCAACCUUCCAGCCCUGCAGUGACAAGGCUCUAGCCAGCCAUAAAGUCGUCGUGGACUCCUUCCGCACGAUCUAUGCCAUCAAUAGUGGCAUUGCGCAAUCUGCAGCCAUCGCGGUGGGAAGAUAUCCCGAGGACAGCUACUACGGUGGCAACCCUUGGUAUCUCAAUACCCUCGCCGCAGCCGAGCAACUCUACGACGCCCUCUAUGUCUGGAAGCAACAAGGCUCCAUAACCGUCACUCAGACAUCCCUUGCUUUCUUUCGUGACCGUCUUGGCUCCGUCGCUCCUGGGACAUACGCUUCCAGCUCGUCGACCUACACGUCUCUCAUCAACGCUGUGAGCGCCUACGCCGACGGUUUCAUGAACAUCGUCGCCACCUAUGCCCAGACAAACGGCUCGCUUGCGGAGCAGUUCUCGCGCAGCAAUGGUCAGCCCCUGUCGGCUGACGACCUGACUUGGUCCUACGCCGCGUUCCUCACCGCUGCUCAGCGCCGUGCCAACGUUAUCCCGAAGGGUUGGGUGGGUUCGGCGACCUCUGUCCCGGGAACGUGCCAGGCUACCUCCAUCGCCGGGUCCUACUCCAGCGCCACAGUGGCCUCGUUUCCAGCUAAUCAGACGCCCCAGACCGGCGUGCCUACUACUACGCGCGAUACUGCGACCCCAACUGCAACUGGCUGCCCCAUUGCGAGUUCUGUGCUCGUCACCUUCAAUGCUCGCGUUGUGACGCAAUUCGGACAGACUAUCAAGAUUGUUGGUAACAUCCCUUCACUUGGGAAUUGGAACCCAAGCAAUGCUGUUACUUUGAGCGCUUCUGGAUAUACCUCUGCGAACCCAGUCUGGUCUGUCACCGUUCAGCUGCCGGCCGGCCAGCCCAUUCAGUACAAGUAUAUCAACGUCGCCAGCAACGGUACACCUACUUGGGAGAACGACCCCAACCGUAGCUACACUGUUCCAUCAUCUUGUGCCACCUCAACUACCAGGUCUGAUUCUUGGCAAGGCUAG